AUGGCUAAUUGGUUCGGUUGGGCCCCAUGGGCAAAGAAGCCGAGGGGACGACAGCCCCGUCCGCGACCGGUUGAUCACGAUUCACGAGCCUCUUCUGACUCUCAGUCUCGGUCUCGCUCUAGAUCCUCAUCUCGACCUCCUAGAAGACGGUCUAGUGUGCUUAAACCGGCUGAAAGAUUAGCGAGAGAGAAGAUGGCAGAGAAAGAGAAAGAGAUGGAGGCGGAAAAAUUGAGAUCGAUGGAUCCCGCUGUGAGAGCUGCUUACAAUGAGCAAAAGAAACUCCAGCAUGAGAAAAGGAUUCAAAAGCUGAAAGAAAAAUUUGCAAGUCGCAAGAAGAAAUUGGCAGAGAAACAUCAAGAGAAAGUCAUGGAAGAAAACCGUGGAUGGAAGAGAAAACAUGAAGAUGAUGCCGUGAUCCAAGCCGCAAAGAGAAGACGGAAAUUUUUGGAAAACCGAGGAAAGGAAGGUCCAGUGUCGCAAGCGGUAGUGACGAAUAUUGAGCGAGAGAGGCAUAGAAUGCAUACUACGGAAUUGUUUGAAAAGAUUUAUGCGGAUCUUCAAUAUCACUACUUGCACCCCACAUUGAUUAAUUCUGAUACGUACGAUCCUUAUGAAGGGUUAUUUGACGAGCUUUCUGGGGUAUACUUGCGAUUUCUAUUCUUAGCUCAAAACCCAGAAGACCUUGCGGGAGGAAUAGGCACUGACAGUGCUUGCGUUCUGAUGCUUUCACAAAAUUUCCGCACCGCAUUGACUUACGGAGAAUUGCCUGAUGGAACCUUCCCCAGGUCCGGUCAAGAGGGGUACUCACAUACUGUCAGAUGGGAAGAAUUCCAAUUGAAGCUCCAGUUGGAACAUUUUAGCAUUAGAGGCUUUGCUAUCGCACGGCAUAUUCCAUAUAUGAAGGUUUUUGGUCGCAGCGGUGUGAAGAUGUUUGAGGGAGAUGUAUGGCCAGCGAAUUUGAAUCUUCAACUCGAUCCUUCGAUCAGAGAUCCGUUUGAGGUGUGUCUUGGAGGGGAUGGAACAGUUUAUCCUUGCUUGUUCACACCCCUUCCUGGAGUGUCCGAAUCUGUACAACAGGGUGUUUUCAAGCUUCCAUUCAGGAAUCCGAAAGAAAAUGUAGAAAAUUUGGGGCCUGCGAAAAACCGUGCAGUUCCGCUCCGCUUUCAAAAUCUGAAGGCCAAUAUAUUCAACAGAGAGAUUUUCAAAAAAUAUGCCCCCCCAUCAACAUGGCCACCGAGCUGGGAGUAUCCACCUGCGGAUAUUCAGCAUCCAUGUCGAGAAUGGGGGAAGAACUAUCCGUUGUGUGUUGCUUGUGGUCUCCGAACGGGGCCUCUGGAACUAGUAGAAGAAGAAGUACAGGAGAAACCAGAAGAAUCUGAGAAUCGAGAAGAACCAGAAGAAGCAGCUGCAGUGAAAGCACCCGAAAAGGAGUCUACCUGUCGCUGCAGGACGAUCGAUGUUUUCAAUCGAAUCUUGGUAGAGAUCAAAGAAUAUCAUUCCGAAUCCACGUCCAAAACGGCUGACUCUGUUGACCGCGGAGUCAGGAUUUUACAAAAUGUCCCACGAGGUCAUAUCAUUUCAGAAGUCCUUGGAGAAUUCGUCCCACUUGGUGCUGAGAGUGAUUUCAAGUGUCCUUCGACAUUUUCUGUAGACUUUCAUGCACCUCCUGUGGUCGACAAGUCUGGGAAAGUUUUAAAGAUUGACCCGGAUGUUGUAGUGAAGAAGACCAUUGACACCAACACAGAACCGAUCGCAACGUUGAUUACUGGCCACAAAGGUGGAUGGACCAGGGUGAUCAAUAAUGGCACGAGUCAAACAUCAAAUGUUGAAUUCCGCUCGGAAGUCUGGGCAGGGAAAUUACGCAUCACUGUUAGAGCGUCGAGGGAUAUAAACUUUGGAGAACAAUUAUUUGGUAUGUUUGCCCACAACACAUCGCCCUAUCAAUGCUUUAUCGUGUUUUUCUAUGAUACACCUGUGAGAUUUCCAAGGGGUCGCUUUAUUCUUCGACUUCUUUAG